UCUGAUCUUUAAGAAAAUUAAUACAAAACAACCAUCCCUUUUUCCUGUGUUUCACAACGUUCAUGAUCAUUAGUUUAUUGGGCAGAAGUAUUGCAUUUUUUAUGAAUUUAUAAAGUAUUUAUGUAUUUUUUGUGUAAUAACUUAUUCCUCAUAUGUAGUUGCUGACAUAAAGAAGUGCAAACUUUGUUUUCUGUUUAAAUGAAAGUACAAGAAACAGUUAGAAUGGGUGCAUUUUGGUUGCUUUUGGGGAGUUUUGUAUUUACAGCGUUUUCGUUUGUGCAGCACUUUUUGUAAACGCUGGACGUGUUUUGUGAAGUUGGUGAAGAUGUUUCUAGAUCAACAUGUUUUUUGACAUAUUUUUGGCUAGGUUUCUUGAUUCCUUUUGGGGAAAAUCAUUGAAUAUGAUAAAGAGAAAUAUAUACAUUUCUUUGGCUGAGAUGAUAUUGGUUGUCUGGAUUUGAGAAUAUUUUUCUGAAGAAACACCCUAAUGUGGCCUACACGUUUUCAGUUGCCUCUGGAGUUCCUAUCUUUGUCAGCUUAACUACAGAACAGCACACAUACUGUCGUCUUUUCUGUUAAAAAUGUACUUUGAAUGUUUAUAAUACACUGAAAGAAAUCAAGAAUAAUGCAGCUUAGCAAUACUGGUUGUUUGCUUUAUAUAGGCCCAGCCUAUAUCAUCAUUGUUUGUUUGAGUGGGGGUAACUUUAUAAAAAUACCUAUAAUAAUGAAUUUAAAAAAAAACAGUGCAGCCUAUUCAUAUAUGAAAUGAACACAUUUGAACUUUUGAUCAGAACAUUUAAGAAAGGGAAAUGUAUUGUGUUUGGUUUCAGAUGUGAUAGAAUAAUGCCAAUAUUUACUGUAUAAAGGAAUAACAGAAGAAGUGAUGUUUGAAGAAUUAAACAUAACUGUGUUGUAAUUUGCAAAUGGUUUAUAAGGGGUAUUUUAUGAUUUCAUUGUUUGUGUAGUUCUUUUUUGUUUUAACAUUUUACAGUGUACGAUACCACCUCAAAACCUCAGAGAAGUAUGGCAAAAGAAAGAAGGAUGAUGAUAUUCUGUCUGCUUUUGGCAGCUAUAAGCAUCCCUGUGUUUACUGGAGAAUGGAGGGCCAGUGUUGUAAAACACCUUGACGUACUGGUCACAUCCUGUGUUGUUGUUCCCUGUACAUUCACCCAUCCUAGAGGAUACCUGCCCACCUCCAAAAUGAAGGGGAUCUGGCAUCAGUUAAAUAAUCUUAGCAAUCUCAUCUAUGACGAGGAUAUCUCAAGUAUCUCAGAGAACUUCAGGGGACGGACAAAGUUGUUGGGACAUCUGGGUCAGAAUAACUGCAGCUUAGAAAUCUCUGAGAUUAAAGAUCACGACAACGGCCCUUUUUGUUUCCGAAUCGAAUUAGCACAAACAGGGACUGUGACAUCUUCUCCUGAAAAGUUCUCCUUUCUGGAUGAUUGUGUUGAACUCAAAAUGCUCCCGGAUCCUCCUAAACCUAAACUACAUCACCCAAAGGCGGCCUUCCAAGGACGUCCAUACGCUGUCACCUGUUCAGUCACCCACACCUGCCCCUACGAUCCACCUAAACUCACAUGGAGUGGGGCCACUCCGUAUGUGCCGAAUGUGGUCCACAAAGAAAUACAUAAUGGCUACUGGGAGGUUGAGUCCAUCCUGACCAUCAUUCCUGAAGAGAAGGACGACCACACUGAUAUCACCUGCACAGCCAACUUUAAUGGACGGAAGACCUCCUCUGCAACAUUGACACUCUAUGUAAAACGUUCAGAAAACUUCAACCACAUCAUCAUUCCCACAGUGGUGGCGGUUGGUACCGCCGGGAUCUUUGCAGUCUUCUGCAUAUUUAUGGUGAAAAGAUACAAGAGACAAAUUGCAGAGCUCCAAAGAGGGGAUGGAAGGAUUCGUUCUGAUGGCCCAGGACCAUCUCGUUCAGAUCAAAGGUCUAUUUGGAACAGAUUUUCAAGAAGGCCUAAAGCGGGCACAGUGGAUAUGAGUCAUGUUUCAAAAAAUGUGCAUUCAAAAUCCUGUGAUGACCAGAAAGUCUCCAAGCCUCAUUUUCCGUCCCCCAAAAGCCAGCCAAAAUCCUACAAUCACCAAGAGGACUUUGAUGGUGGUGACAUUUACGAGAACAGUGCGGACAUCAGCAUCUAUGGAAACAUCUGAAGCAAGCACAAAAAAAACAAAUCCAAUCACUCCCAUAGUGAUCAUUCGUAUUAAGACCGCAGUUGUAUUAUACAUGAUUAUUGUGGCUGUUUAUUCUGUUUGCUAAUUUGAUCAUUAUAAUGGAUGGAAAAUAAAAUGCAUCUUGAA